GCAGAAGGUGACUUUUCACCUCGUCAAAGUGUUCCUAACACAAGUAAUGCUACUGAUGUUGAUGUGUUGGUUGAAACAGACUCAGAAGCUGAAUCAAAUUUGUCCUCAGCAGAUCUUGUAAAUAGUUGUGCAGCUGUGAUCUCUGAUAUAAAGGCAGCAGGUCUUGGCCAAAGUCUUGUAAAUUCUGUUGUGAAUUCCAUGGAAGAGAUUGUUCAGGAUAUACAGCAGCAUGCUAAAGAAACUGUCAUAAAGAAUGUAUUUAAUGAUGAACGAGAAAAUGAAACAUGCAAGAAAGUUGAAGCAUGUUUCCAGGAUUUAGAGAAUCCUUUCACAGUUCUUAAUUCAGCAUACAAGCAAUCAAAGUUUUUCUCUGACAAGUGGAAAGUUGUAGAGCCAGUUGAAUGUGUAAUUGGCUCAAGAUUUGAUAUGAGGAAAAAUAAAAAAACAGGAACAUAUGCUCAGACAGUUGUUCAAGAUAAGUUCAUGUAUGUUCCAAUUUUAUCUACACUGGAGUCAAUAUUUAAAAGUCAGCAUAUUGCAGACAUGUUGAAACCCUCAGAAACGAGCGAUUCAAGACUCAGAGAUAUUUGUGAUGGAUCUUUGUUGAAGACUCACCCUUUAUUUUCAGUUGAGAAGCACACAGUGCAAAUCCAACUGUUCUUUGAUGAGUUCGAGGUUGCAAAUCCUCUCGGUUCAAAGAGAGGUAUUCAUAAAUUGGGUGCAAUAUAUUUUACGUUAAGAAACUUUUCUCCAAAAUGGAAUUCUUUGUUGGCCAACAUCCACCUUUGUGCCUUAUUUCAUGCACAAGAUAUUAAACGUUACAGUUUUAGUACAAUUCUUGCUCCUAUUGUUCGAGACAUUGAAGUGUUAGAGAGGUAUGGCAUUGAUAUUCCACUAUAUGGUGGUCCUGUUCGUGGCAGUGUGGUACAGGUUACUGGUGAUAAUUUAGGUUUACAUAGCAUGUUUGGUCUGGUGGAGUCUUUCAGUGCGAGGUACUGUUGCAGGUUUUGUUUAGCUGAAAAAGACGACUUUCAAACUGAAUUCUCUGAAGAUUCUCCCAAGAUAGUGUUGCGUACCAAACACAGCCACACUGCUCACUGUCAAGAAAUGGCACUUAAUUCUUCUCUUCCUUACGUUUUUGGUGUGAAGAGUUCAUGCUUACUGAAUUCACUGAAAUAUUUUCACACAGCUGAGAACUUCUCAGUUGAUGUGAUGCAUGAUGUUUUAGAAGGGGUGGCCCAAUACGAAAUGAAGUUAUUGUUUGUGUAUUUCAAAGAACAUUUUGUUACACUGGAGGAGUUGAAUUUGAGAAUACAAAGUUUUGAUUAUGGAUUCAUGGAGAGAAACAAUAGGCCUGUGGCUGUGAAUUUAGGUGGAGAGUCUAAUGAUCUGGGACUUAAUGCAAUUCAGUCAUGGUGCUUAUUAAGGAAUGUCCCCCUCAUGUUUGGAGAUUUGGUAUCUUCUACUGAUCUACACUGGAAUUUACUACUUUUAUUACUACAGAUAGUAAACAUUGUGUUUUCUCCCAUGUUUUCUCAAGGUCUUUGUGUAUAUUUGAAACAUCUGAUUGUGGACCACCAUAAACUGUUCAAGGUAGUGUAUGCCCAGAAAAAACUUUUACCAAAACACCAUUUUCUUGUUCAUUAUCCUCGCUGCAUCCAGAAAAUAGGACCUGUACUUCAUAGUUGGUGCAUGCGCUAUGAAGGUAAGCACAAUUUUUUCAAGAAACAGCUAAAGUCUUUUAAAAACAUCACCAAAACCCUUGUUAAAAAACACCAGAAUUACAUGGCAUACAUUUGGCAAUCUUCAACAAUCUUUAGUCGGUUAGAUAUUGGUCCAGAGAAAAUGGUGUCUUUAGCGAUGGUAAAAGGAGGUUCUGCAAUUGCCAUUGCAAUGCAAGUACCUAUUAGUGUUCAAGUUAUGAAAGUUAACUGGGCAAAACAAAAUGGCUUUCUCUAUCGGCCACAUUUGGUUAUAUGUGGGAAAGUGCAGUGUGAAAUGCCGCUCUUCUACUUGAUUGAUUCUGUUCUGAUCGUACAUGAGAAAUUGUUGCUGCUCACUUUGCCUUUAUUUACAGUAUGUUUUCAAGAACAUUUCCAUGCCUAUGAAGUGACCAGAACAAAGCAAGAUUUUGUUGUCUUUCAUGUUGAUAGCCUGCAUUAUCCUAGGCCUUUCGACAUACAAAUGUCAUAUAUUGUGAACGACACAGGUCUGUUUGUGGUCCCAUAUUGCUUUCUCUGAAAGGUCUUCGGUGGCAAGGCCCUGGGGGUCGAUGAGAUCCGCCCGUUCCUAAAGGCUCUGAAUGUCGUGGGGCUGUCAUGGCUGACACACCUCUACAACAUCGCGUGGACAUUGGGGACAGUACCUCUGGAUUGGCAGACCGGGGUGGUGUUCCAAUUAUAGAGGGAUCACACUCCUCAACCUCCCCGAGUCUACGUUGCUCCCCUGCCUUGACAACUUACCUGGUCACUCAACAGCUGGCACCUGACUUUUUGGACACAGAC